AGCAAAGCCCUCAAAUGCAAGCAUUCCUCAGGCGAGGUGAGACUGAAAUCUAAGGAAAGCGACUGGUACCGAAUUUCCUAGGCUACAAGGUCACAGUUGAGUCCACCUCUACUCUGAGAAGUUUGUCGGUCCCUUCACAUUCAGCCCGCGGGGCUGGCAAUGACGCAGGAGCCAAUCAGCGAUGAAGGCGGGGAAUGGCUAAAUUGCCCAAUCAGGUGGGCCCAGAGAAGAGGGCACUUCCUGUAAUCCUCGGUUAAGGCAGGAAAUGGCUAAACUACCCAAUCAGGUGGGCCGAGGGGGAGGGCACUUCUUGUGUCAUGGCGCCAGAGUGAUCGUUGCUGAGAUCUCCUAACGGACGGGAAGGCCGUUUUUGGUAAUUUCUACUGGCUGCGAGCUGCGUUCGGAGAGUCUUGGGAGACCUUCAUGCCACGCAAUGGAAAUAUAUGUAUGUGAUUAUUUAGGAGGCAGUGACGCUGGAGGAUGUAACUGUGAACUUCACCAAGGAGGAGUGGGCUCUGCUGAAUCCAUUUCAAAAGAAGCUCUACCGGGAUGUGAUGUGGGAAACAUUUAGGAAUAUAAAUGCUAUAGGAAGGACUUGGGACAACCAGCAAAUUGAAGAAAAACACAAAAAUUACUCAAGAAAUCUAAGAAAUGAAGAGGUAGCAAAAUGCUAUCAGUAUAAAUCUUGCAGUCAGCAUGAAAGCAGAUUCAAUUUGACUUCAGAUGGUAAUGUGGACAUGCGACAAGCUGCUUUAAAACCAGCCAGAAGUCUUGUUUAUAGAGAGACCCUGAUUGGGCAUUCAUCAUUAAAUGUGCCCAUUUUACAUCACAUGGGAGAGAAGCCACAUGAGUAUAUGGUAUUUGAUGACAAGCUGAGUAAAUGUAAUGAACAUAGUAAAACCUGCAGUGAUUUCCAGUCCUUUCAGAAGCAUGCAAGGACAAAAAAUGGAGAGAAAGCCCAUCAAUAUGAGCAAUGUGGGAAAUCCUACUCUGAACUCAGUGAAGGAACUCACCCUGGAGAGAAGACCAUUGUUGGUCAGAAAAAUGUGAAAGACUCUAGCAACCCCAGUGGUAUUCAAACCCAUGACAGAAUUCAUAUAGUGAAGAAACCAUAUUUAGGCAAGCAAUAUGGAAAAUCCUUCAGUACUCAAACUUGUAAAACUCUGGAAAGGAUUCACAUGGAAAAGAAAUCUUAUGUGUGUAAGCAAUGUGGAAAAGCAUUCCAUACACACACUGCCUACCAAAGACAUGAAAGAAUUCACACUGGGGUGAAACCCUAUGUAUGUAAGCAAUGUGGGAAGUCAUUCAGGAGAAACACUCAAUGUCAAAGUCAUGAAAGGACUCACAAAGGGAAGAAACCUUAUGUAUGUAAACUGUGUGGGAAAGCAUUUACCAGACACAGUUAUUGUCAAAUACAUGAAAGAAAUCACACUCAGGAAAAACACUAUGUGUGCAAGCACUGUGGCAAGUCAUUCGCUAUGGAAGAAUCUUGUCAAAUACAUGAAAGAGCUCACAGUGGGGAGAAACCUUAUGUGUGCAAGCAGUGUGGAAAAGCAUUCACUACAAAGCAUUAUUAUAAACUACAUGAAAACUUUCACACAGGGGAGAAAACUUAUGUGUGCAACUACUGUGGGAAGGCAUUUACUACACACAAAUCUUGUCAAAUACAUGAAAGAAUUCACACUGGGGAGAAACCUUACGUGUGCAAGCAGUGUGGAAAAGCAUUCACUAUAUGGGGUAAUUAUAAAAGACAUGAAAGUACUCACAAAGGGGAGAAACCUUAUGUAUGUAAACAGUGUGGGAAAGCAUUCACAUUGAGGAGUAAUUGUAAAAGACAUGAAAGAACUCACAAUGAGGAGAAACCUUAUGUGUGUAAGCACUGUGGGAAGGCAUUUACUAGACAUGAAUCUUGUCAAAUCCAUGAAAGAACUCACACUGGGGAGAAACCUUAUGUGUGUAAGCAAUGUGGGAAGGCAUUCACUACACACCAAUUUUGUCAAAUCCAUGAAAGAACUCACACUGGGGAGAAACCUUAUGUGUGCAAGCAAUGUGGAAAGGCAUUCAGUAUAAAUACUAAUUAUAAAAGUCAUGAAAGAACUCACACUGGGGAGAAACCCUAUGUGUGCAACCACUGUGGGAAGGCAUUCACUACACACCGGUCUUGUCAAGUACAUGAAAGAACACACACUGGGGAGAAACCUUACGUGUGCAAGCACUGUGGGAAGGCAUUUACUACACAUCCAUCUUGUCAAAUACAUGAAAGAAGUCACACUGGGGAGAAACCCUAUGUGUGCAAGCACUGUGGGAAGGCGUUCACUGCAAAGAAUUCUUAUAACAUACAUGAAAGAACUCACACACGGGAAAAACUUUAUAUGUGCAAGCAAUGUGGAAAGGCAUUUACUACACACCAAUCUUGUCAAAUACACGAAAGAACUCACACUGGUGAAAAACCUUAUGUGUGCAAGCACUGUAGGAAGGCAUUCACUAGACUUCGAUCUUGUCAAAUACAUGAAAAAAUUCACACUGGGUAGAAAGCAUAUGUGUUGAAGCAAUAUGGAAAUGCAUUACUACACUGAUACUACAAAAAAAUGGAAGAGCUCAUACUGGGGAGAAACCUUAAGUAUGUAAGCAGUGUGGAAAGGCAUUCACUGCACAUCAAUCUCAUCAAAUACAUGAAAGUAAACUUAGACUAAAAAAAUGUGGGCCAUGUGGAAGAAAUUUGCUAGUAAAUCAUUAUUUAUGUAGAUCUCACGUUGGGGAGUAACCCUACGCAUAUAAACAAUAUGAGGGAAGUAUUCAGUGAAUACAUUUUUUGUCAAGCACACAAAAGAAAUCACACUGGAGAAUGACCCUAUAUAUGUAAGCCUAUUUGGAAAAAACUUGUGAAAAUUCCUCAUCUAAUGUAUACCUGUACACACUAUACAUGAAAAAUUUGAUGUCAAUAUUUCUUCAUGGGUUUUCAAGGCAAUACACUUCCAGUUAGAGAACUUCUAAAAUUUUCUUUCUGCUUUUCAGUAAAAAACUGUGUAUAUAUAACGUUUGCUAGAAAUAAUAUUGACAUUUUUAUGUAAGCCAUUGCCUUUGAACCUAAUAUAUAGUAUUUCCUAAUAAAACAAGGUGAACUGAAAUGUAUUUCUCAUUUCAAACUAGGGUUAUUGUUUAGUUUUUGGUUUUUUUACUUUUUACAUUGGGUAGGUAUAGACAACUAAACAAUAAUUUUUAUUAGUUUUUGAUUGGGAUUUUCUAGUAAUUCCAAUUUUGUUGGUGUAUACACCUCAUAUUCUCUAUACAAAUAAUAACUUUGAAUUUGAUGUUAAAUAUAUAAAUGUAAGCAUAUUUAGAGCAGUGUGAACCAAUAUUUUUUAAAAGGUCAUUUGGGGUUUUUUUGUUUUGUUUUUUGUUUUUUUUCCGGUACCAGGAAUCAAACUCACAACCUCAUGCUGGCACUGUGCCGCUGAGCUAAAUCCCCAGCCCCUAAAAGGUCAUUUGUUCGCACAAAACUUGUAGACUAGGAAAUGUUUUAUUUUUCAUCCCCUAACCCUUUAUAUAUCCCAACAUAAUUAUAUAAGGCACGUAAUUUCUUCUAUUUUGCUCUCAUGUUGAAGUCAGUACUAUGAUUUACAUAAAAUUUUGUUUUAUUCACAUCAACAUUUUACUUUUCAUGCUUACAUUGUUGUGACUUUCAAUUUGAUGGUAAUUGUACCACAGUUUACAUCAAAAAUAAACCACACUGCUGUAUCUGAUUGAGA